UCAAAGUUGCGCUCCUGCAUUAUUUCCUGACGCGCGCACGCACGCACGCACGCGCACACAGAGAGCGCACGAGCUAUUUCUAUUUCUGUCUUGGGUCGACCCCGACUGAAUGAGUUUUGUAGCUCCCUUUGAUCUCACACUAUCGGGGUUCCAACUUAACUCCAGGUUUUUGUUUGACUUUCCAUAAUAUUCAUUUCAUUUGAGGUUUAAUACAGGGUUAUGUUGCCAUUCUAUACUUUUGAAGUUGUAUUUUAGUGAAAGAAAGUAAAAACAAAACAUUUCCCAGUCAGCUGUCACUGGAGACAACUGAAGUCUGAACGGGCGCAGGAGAUUUCCAGCUGUUGAGGAACUCCAGGCUUCAUUUACGCGCAGCUCUCACCAGGGACAGGAGCGGACUUCUGAAACUUUCUGAACAUCAUGGAAACCAACCCUAUACCCGUCCUAACCAUUCAAACAACUCCGUUUGACGACCAGAGACCCGGGACUAAUGGUUUGCGCAAGAAGACAACUGUAUUCGAGAGCAGAAAGAACUAUCUGCAGAAUUACAUUCAGAGUGUCCUGUCCUCCAUCGACCUGAGGGACCGUCAAGGAUGUACUAUGGUGGUGGGCAGCGAUGGGAGAUACUUCAGCCGAACAGCAAUCGAGGUUAUUGUGCAGAUGUCUGCUGCCAAUGGGAUAGGGCGCCUGGUGAUUGGACACAAUGGCAUCCUGUCCACACCAGCUGUCUCCUGCAUCAUCAGGAAGAUAAAGGCCAUCGGUGGGAUCAUUCUAACUGCCAGUCAUAACCCAGGAGGCCCGGCUGGAGACUUCGGCGUCAAAUUCAAUGUAGCUAAUGGAGGCCCUUCCCCAGACACAGUGAUGGAAAGGAUCCACCAGGUGAGUCGCACGCUGGAAGAAUUCGCCAUCUGCCCGGACCUACGUAUCGACCUGUCACGUCUGGGACGCCAGGACUUCGAUCUAGAGAACAAAUUCAAGCCUUUUCGAGUUGAGAUAGUGGAUUCUGUUGAAAUCUACCUGAAUAUGCUACGUGGGAUCUUUGAUUUCAGCGCUAUUAAGAGUCUAUUGACUGGCCCAGAGCAGCUGAAGAUCCGAAUAGAUGCAAUGAACGGAGUGAUGGGACCUUAUGUCAGGAGAAUCUUGUGUGAUGAACUUGGUGCACCAGCAAACUCUGCAGUUAACUGUGUUCCUCUGGAGGAUUUCGGGGGCCAGCAACCCAACCCCAACCCUUCAUUCGCUGUGUCAUUGAUGGAGUCCAUGAAAGGUGGAGAGUUUGGUUUUGCUGCUGCAUUUGAUGCAGAUGGGGAUCGCUGUAUGAUUCUUGGUCAGAAUGGAUUCUUUGUAAACCCGUCAGACUCACUGGCAGUGAUGGCUGCCAACUUGUCCUGCAUUCCCUACUUCAGGCAGGUCGGCAUUCGUGGCUUCGCUCGCAGCAUGCCCACCAGCACGGCUCUGGACAGAGUGGCCAAGGCCAUGAAAGUGGCUCUGUAUGAAACCCCCGCAGGCUGGAGGUUUUUCGGGAACCUGAUGGACUCGGGAAGGUGCUCCUUCUGUGGAGAGGAGAGCUUUGGAACAGGUUCGGAUCACAUCAGGGAGAAGGAUGGUCUGUGGUCAGUGCUGGUAUGGCUGUCAAUCAUGGCUGUGCGGAAGCAGGGGGUGGAAGAAAUAGUGAGGGACCACUGGGCUAAACUAGGCCGUAAUUUCUACUGCAGGUUUGAUUACGAGGGUGUUGAUCCCAGAGCUGCGUUUUACCUCAUGAGGGACCUGGAGAACAUGAUCACUGAUAAAGCCUUCACCAGUCAGAAGUUUGCAGUGGGAAGCAAUGUCUACAGUGUGGAGAAAACCGACAACUUUGAGUACAUCGACCCUGUGGAUGGCAGCGUAUCACGGAACCAGGGACUGAGGAUCGUGUUCACAGACUCGUCCCGCAUCAUAUUUCGGCUUAGUGGAUCCGGGGCGGGUGUGGGAGCCACCGUACGCAUCUAUGCUGAGAGUUAUGAGAAAGACCCAGAGAGACACAACAGGGAAACACAGGUCGUCCUGGGCCCUCUGAUCGCCAUCGCUUUAAAGAUUUCAAACGUCCACGAGCGGACAGGACGCAGAGGCCCCACUGUGAUCACUUGAUCUGUAUGGCGAGAUCCAUGACCGGGGCCAAAGCAUGAGACGGCCUUCAUCUAGGAUCCGCUCUCCAUGUCUUCCUCACAGUCUUUCACAGCCUCACUAUCCUGAAGUCAUGACUGCCUCUUGCUAGUCUGCACAUCAUCUCACUAUUUACACUGUGUAUGUUUUUGCUGCUGUUUCACAGACUAAACAAAGGCUCUCUCACAAAUUCUCUCUCGCUUCCUCUCCCUCCGUCUCUUACUCUCUUUCUCUCUCUUUCUUUCUCUCUCUCUCGCACUCUCUGUGUCUCAAAUGCAAAGAGAAAGACAAGCUAUUCCUUUUUAUGAUGUCCCUUUACACGUGUCAAUCAUUAAAGUGCUUCUUUCACACAG